AUGCAGCGUUUGGGCAGUGCUCAAGCCCCCUCCCUUCUUGCUUCCUUCAGUGCUCCUUCUGACAACCCUGCAGGCAGGAACCACGCACUCUCCUCUCUUCACCAAGACAAACCGUUGGUGCAUCGUUCGAUCAUGUGGCGUUUGGGACAAUUCGUGGUGGUGGCAGCUAUCGCUGCAUGCCUCGUGCAUCUUUCCUCGGCUGCUGCGACACCCAGGCUGCGACGCGCGGUGGUGGGCGAUACCAACGACGAGCGGCCGCUGUUGCGUCGGUGGUUUAUCGACUGGGGCGGAUCGCUUGGUCGUCUGCCCUCGCGCGACGACAUGAUCACGCCCGUCGAUCCGGCCAACUUCGAGGCCCACCGUGCCGCCACCGAGUCGGCAUGGGAAGCGUAUCGCCGACGUCUGGCGCGCGAACAGGCCGAAUACUGGAACGUCAUCUUUGGCGGUCACACUCCUCCCUAA